AUGUUGGAGACGCCCUCGAGGGUGACGGAAGCGGUGUGGGGGGUGGCGCGCAGUAGGGAAGCGGCGUGGGAGGUGGCGCGCAGGGGGGAAGCGGCGUGGGAGGUGGCGCGCAGGGGGGAAGCGGCGUGGGAGGUGGCGCGCAGGGGGGAAGCGGCGUGGGAGGUGGCGCGCAGGGGGGAAGCGGCGUGGGAGGUGGCGCGCAGGGGGGAAGCGGCGUGGGAGGUGGCGCGCAGGGGGGAAGCGCCCUGGGAGGUGGCGAGCAGGGAGGAAGCGCCCUGGGAGGUGGCGAGCAGGGGGGAAAGCGCCCUGGGAGGUGGCGAGCAGGGCGUUGGCUGGGUGGGAGGUGGCGAGCAGGGAGGAAGCGCCCUGGGAGGUGGCGAGCAAGGGGGAAGCGCCCUGGGAGAUGAGUUCCCGCACGUGAUGCAGGCUGUUGAUGUUGUUGAGGCUAUGGAGGACCUCACACCAGUGCAGAAGUCGAUUGUGGGCGAGCGCUUCAGUAAGAACCAGGUCGAGGCGGCUGUGUUUCUGCGCCAGCGUCCAGAGACGCGUCGCGCUUUCAUACAAUGGGUGGCAGGUGUUGAUAGCAGCCAGGCUUAG